AGUAUGGACCGGUUCGCUUUUGUCGGUGUUUUAGAUCAUUGCGCGCGUAACAAGCCGAAAAUAAACGAUUUUUUUGAAUUUCGCUUUUCCGACGAAACGCUAACGGACACGUGAAACACGCUACGGAACCGUUCGGUAAAAUUUUUCCGAUGUAUAUUUUUGUGCGAGAUCGACGUGCCGUAGUUGUACACGUUGUGCCACUCGUCAGACGAAAAUAUAGGAAAAAAUAAUAUUAUGUCAUCGACGAAUAAUGACUCAGAAGAUGACGAUCCAAGGGUUCAUUCGUCCGGGAUGUCAUCCUCUGGCCAACCCAGACGUUACGAGCUUUCGAAAUCCGAAUUGCGAAAGAACAAUAAGCCAAUUAUGGAAAAAAAAAGGAGAGCCAGAAUCAAUCAGUGCUUAAAUGAACUAAAAACACUUAUAUUGGAUGCAUUGAAAAAAGACCCAGCAAGACACACAAAGUUAGAAAAAGCGGACAUCUUGGAAAUGACAGUGCGGCACCUGCAGUCGUUGCACCGUAGUGGCCGACCAUUGGCUCCCGCCGCCUGUCCAACCGUUGAAUCAUCGUUGUCGCCUUCAUCAUCGACCGCAGCUUUGACGGCGGUAGUCGUGCAAAAGUUUCAGACGGGUUACCAGGAGUGUGCUGGCGAAGUGAAUCGAUUCGUCGACCGAUUGGACGGGGUGGACGAAGACAUCAAAAAGAGGUUGAUGUCACAUCUGGACUCGUGCGUGGCCAAAAUGAGGUAUGUCGCCGCGGCCGCGGGCACGACGCCCCCUCCACCGCCGCCGCGUCCACUCGUCAGCAAUAAUAAUUACUCUUUGCACCACCGGCUCGACCUGCAAGUGGCAACAGCAACAGCAUUAGCCACAACCACGUCGGUCCCGAUGUCAAGUGGUCUACCGGUUUUGCAGCAAUCGCUGAUCAGAGACUUGACGCCACCGACUGUACCGCUGCCAUCCGUCCCGCCACCAUCGCUGCCAAAACUCGGGCGUUUCCGGACUAGCGCGUUCACGGCGGUACAUGGCCAGCUUCCGUCACCGGAUGUCGGUUCAACGCCUUUCGUGUACUGCGAUGAACCGGACGUGUCAUCGACCAGCUCGUGGGCCGAAGACAUGGCAGCCGCGGCAGCUGCCCAGUACCCGCCGCUUGAUUUUUCGAUGAAAAAAACUGUGGUCGGGUGCAGCAACAAGAGGCCUCUGGGCGAUAUACCGGUAAACGUUCCUACGGCCAACGCGUCGUCCUCGCACAAGCAGUCAGCGUUGGCGCCGUCGAACGGCGACGGCCCUACGGUUGCGCGUGUUCGCAGGCCGGAAGCCGCGGCCGCCGCAGUCAGACCGUCCGACGGUCCUGAUUCCGACCCCAACAUGUGGAGACCCUGGUGACGCCAUCCACGUGUCGAUAUUUUCAAUUACUUUUCGGCAGUGUUGGGUAUUUAGUUACCCUCGUUACAUGCAAGAAUGCGUUUUCGAAUGCAUUUCGUGCAAAAUAUAUAUUAUUAUUGUACAACUUGUAUCUCUAUAUAUUAUAUUAUAACGGAGUUAUAUAAUAUGUACUUUUAAUGAUACACGGUGACUUCACACGAAUUAUUCCGUUUAUAUAGUGUAUAACACAAAACUAGAAAGACGUAUGUGAUAUCUCAUAUUUAAAUUUAAAAUAUUUUCAUAAUAUAUAGUUGUUGAAAAAAAUAAAAUAAAAAGACGCUUUUGCAGUGAUUCUGGAUUUUACUAAUUGUUAUACUUUCCAACAACCACAACAGUAGCAAUGAAACAAUUUAGUCACGGGUAGAGCUGAUCUUUUAACAUUCACAUAUUGAUCAAUACAAAUAGAAUUUAAAGAUUAUAUAUAUCGAUUUGUUAUUUAAUAACCAAAUGUAUCUAAAUAAGUAAAAUGCGUUUUUAUUUUAUUUUUGUCAAUUCAUCUACCUAAGCUGGGGUUAUAUUCACGAGUCCACGACAAACAGUCAUUAUAGCUAAGCCAUCCGCUAGCUAGACUCUUAGAUUAACAUAAUAACUGAAUCAUUUAUAAAAUACAUCAACAUUUCAAAUCAACAUAUUAUAUUAUUUUUUCUAACUAUUAAAUAAAGAAAGAAAAACCUAAAAAAUUAUAGUUGAAUUAUACAAAAGUUUUAUGAUUGAACUGUUCAAUUAAUAAUUAUUUUAUAUACAUACAUAUAUAUAUAUAU